ACACUCACCUCCUACCGCAUACGGAAUAGUAUACCGACCAUUUUGGGCCUUCCCUCUGCCUCUCCUAUCGCACUCUCCGUCGUCGGCCAUGGAUUCCUCCGCCGUCCGCGUCGACAAUCCCUACGCUCUUCUUCUUCUCGCUCUCCGCCUUAUUCCUCUCUCCCACUACCUCCUCGCCUUUCUUCUAUCCUUCUCGAUUUUUCUCUACAAUUUUCUCGAACUCCAUUUCAUUGAAGAUCUUCUCUCCGGAUUCCGCGGAUGUCCCGUCUCCUUGACCUACAAUCCGUCUUCCCAAAUCUACAAUGGCGUCGUUUCCAAGUGCCGGAUCCUCCAUGGCAGGUACUUGGCAACGCCAUGGCUGUCAAGUCCUCAUAUUCAGACUGUUUUUCUCAAUUUCUUUGGAAGACCGCCUGCUUUCAGCUACAAAAGAGAACUCUUCCAUGCUUCCGAUGGUGGAACUAUUGCUUUGGACUGGCUGACGAAAUAUGAUGUUGCGGAUGGCGGUUUUCACAUGAACAAUUCUAUUUCUAGGGAUGAUACAACCCCAAUUAUGGUGGUAAUUCCUGGUUUAACCAGUGACUCCCAAUCUGCUUAUUUAAAGCACCUGGCUUUUAGUACGGCAAAAAGUGGAUGGAAUGUAGUUGUCAGCAACCACAGAGGACUGGGUGGCGUUUCGAUUACUUCUGAUUGCUUUUAUAAUGCUGGAUGGACCGAAGACAUUCGCGUAAUUAUCAAUCAUCUCCAUCAUGUAUAUCCCAACGCUCCUUUAUUUGCAGUUGGAACUAGUAUUGGAGCCAAUGUUCUGGUAAAAUAUCUUGGGGAGGAUGGUGAUAACGUUCCUGUUGCUGGAGCUGUAGCUAUCUGCUCCCCCUGGGACCUUUUGAUUGGUGAUAGAUUUAUACGGCGCAGGUUCGUGCAGACGUUUUAUGACAGAGCACUUACUAUUGGCCUUCAAGGCUAUGCUCAAUUACAUGAGCCUCGCUAUUCUCGCCUUGCAAAUUGGGAAGGAAUUGUAAAGUCACGUACCAUUAGAGAUUUUGAUCACCAUGCAACACGCCUUGUUGGGAAAUAUGAGACUGUGGAUACAUACUACAGGCGCUGCAGCAGUGCUGGAUAUGUAGGAAAUGUGUCGGUCCCUCUUCUCUGUGUCAGUGCUUUGGAUGAUCCUGUCUGUACCAGAGAAGCCAUUCCUUGGGAUGAAUGCAGGUUAAAUAAAAAUGUUGUCUUGGCUACAGUAAAGCAUGGAGGACAUCUUGCAUUCUUUGAAGGGAUAGCUGGAGCUCGCUUGUGGUGGGUAAGGGCCACAGGUGAAUUUUUAAGGGUUCUACAUUCUAGCCAAUACAUGCAUGUGCAGAACAAGAUUGCGAACACUGGCCCCCAGUCUUCUUUGGAUUCUACAAUUGAUCAGGGUCCAUUUGUAAGUGUUGCGGAAGAUGGAAUGGUGGCCGCAAUGGGCAAUGAACGAAAAGACGAUGAUACGGUAGAAGAAGUAUCUGAGCCUCAAAGGUCGGUUCAUAGUGAAAAAACUCAAAUGGUUUCAAACACAGGCCUCAUAGAUGAGCAAAGUACACAACAAAAGUCGGGUUUUGUGCCAACCAUUGAACAAACAUCCGUACAAGUUACUGCUGUCCAGGAUGCAAAGCCUGUUGUUGCAACUUAUUCUGUUAAAAGAUGUUUGGAUAUUCUGCGUCGACAGAACAGGUACUCAAUAUGGUUACUUGCUUAUAUUGCCAUAAUUUCAAGCUGGCCAUUUUUAGGUUCUGCCCUUCGAGUACUCUCUAGAAAGAGGCUCAGAAAUGUCUUACCUGCUGUUUUACUUAGAAGAUAGUCAUAGUCCCAUGCUCUAAGUCACUGUUGUACUCUCAAUGUAGUAUGGGACCCACAGAUAGGACCCAUAUUCUAUUAGUCAUGGUGUUUAAUACCGGUGGUACCUCCAAAUAUUUUUUUAUCGAGUUUUUAUGUUUUAAACUAAAUUACGUGCAGUAGUGUAAUUCAAUCUAGAAAGCUGCCGAGAACUCGGGAUGUCACCACUAAUUUUCAGGCCGUUAUAAAUU